UUUUCCGCGCCGGGAAGAAGCCGGUGUGCGGACUUGUCUCGGUGCGGUUCAUCCUCUGCGUGGCCCGCCACUAUGAAGGAAACGCCGCUUUCCAACUGUGAGCGCCGCUUCCUGCUCCGCGCAAUUGAGGAGAAGAAGCGCCUGGACGGCAGACAGACCUAUGAUUACAGGAACAUCAGGAUCUCAUUCGGAACGGAUUAUGGAUGCUGUAUUGUAGAACUGGGAAAAACAAGAGUCCUUGGACAGGUUUCCUGUGAACUUGUUUCUCCGAAACUCAAUAGGGCAACAGAAGGUAUCCUGUUUUUUAACCUUGAGCUUUCUCAGAUGGCUGCUCCAGCUUUUGAACCUGGCAGGCAGUCAGAUCUCUUGGUGAAGCUGAAUCGACUCUUAGAAAGGUGUCUACGAAAUUCAAAGUGUAUAGACACUGAAUCUCUCUGUGUUGUCGCUGGAGAAAAGGUUUGGCAGAUCCGUGUAGACCUCCAUUUAUUAAAUCAUGAUGGGAAUAUUAUUGAUGCUGCUAGCAUUGCUGCAAUUGUAGCCUUGUGUCACUUCCGAAGACCUGAUGUCUCUGUCCAAGGAGAGGAAGUAACACUGUAUACCCCUGAAGAGCGUGAUCCUGUGCCAUUGAGCAUCCACCAUAUGCCCAUUUGUGUCAGUUUUGCUUUCUUUCAGCAAGGAACAUACUUAUUGGUAGACCCCAAUGAACGUGAAGAACGAGUAAUGGAUGGCUUGCUGGUGAUUGCCAUGAAUAAGCAUCGAGAGAUUUGUACUAUUCAGUCUAGUGGUGGGAUAAUGCUGCUUAAAGACCAGGUUUUCAGAUGCAGUAAAAUAGCUGGUGUGAAAGUAGCAGAAAUCACAGAGCUAAUACAGAAAGCUUUGGAAAAUGACCAGAGAGUCAGGAAAGAAGGUGGAAAAUUUGGCUUUGCAGAGUCUAUAGCAAACCAGAGAAUCACAGCGUUUAAAAUGGAGAAGGCCCCUAUUGAUACCUCCAACAUAGAGGAGAAAGCAGAGGAGAUUAUCGCUGAGGCUGAACCUCCCCCACAAAUUGUUUCUCAACCUGUGCUGUGGACUCCUGGAACUGCCCAGAUUGGAGACGGAAUAGAAAACUCCUGGGGUGACCUUGAAGAUUCUGAGAAGGAAGAGGAGGAAGAAGGUGGCAUUGAUGAAGCUGUCAUUCUUGAUGAUACAAAGAUGGACACUGGAGAAGUUUCUGAUAUUGGGAGUCAAGGCGCCCCUAUAGUGCUAUCAGAUAGUGAAGAAGAAGAAAUGAUCAUUUUGGAGCCAGAGAAGAACCCAAAGAAAAUAAGAGCUCAGACCAGUACAAAUCAGAAGGCACCAAGUAAAGGCCAAGGGAAAAGGAAAAAGAAGAGAACUGCUAACUAAGCUAAAGUGGUGGAUCUGUGUGUGUGUGUGUAUAUAUAUAUAUAUAUAUACACAUAUAUAUACACACACAUACACUACUCAGUGCUAACAGCUCUGGAUAUUUCUUAUAAGCUGAACUUCUUGAUACAUUGUUUUGUCCUUAACAUUACGCUUUGAAUAAACUUUCUGGAAAAGUUUUCUGUUGCACAAGCUUCCCAACUCAUGUAAGACCUUAUUUGUAAAAGUUGAUAAAUAAAAUAUCUCCAUAAACUACUGUAACAUGUGAGAGCCUAAUGAGUUCUGCUACAUUGAAAAGAGAUUUGUCUACUUUUGGUUAUUAUGCUUGGAAUAAUCAAUGCCAGAAUUUGAAGGUCUUUUUCCCUGAAAUAUUUUAGUUUUAUAAAAUCUUUUCCUACUCCCCACUGUACAAUAAAACAAAUCAAAUUUA